AUGCUUUUUGGCUCGCAGUACGACGACGACGACGACGACGAGGAGGGAGGCACGGACCACAGUGGGAGCCCCACGACGCCUGGGCCGCUGCUACUUGAGACGCCGCGCACGAAACCCGCGCGCGUGUCGUCCACGCGACCGUCCCGUCGAAAAGGCACCAAGAGCGUCAGUCGCAAAGACCAGACACGGACGAGUUUACCUGGUGCCGCUGCGGCUGUCAUUGCUGCCGGACCGAGCAGUCCCACCCAGUCACUCGACUCGACGACGUCGUCGUCGGCGUCGACAGCGUCCUACUCGCUGAUGCACCAUCAGCGCAAUGGCAGUCAUUGGAACGCCAGUGCUGCUAGUCUCGACGGUGGUGCAGGGACGCCUCGGAACACGGUGAAGUUCCACGCUAGCAGUUUUAAUCCGAAUAACAGCAGUGCCAGUGGCACCGUGACCAGCCCAGCAAUGCUGCUCAAGACGCGACGCCGCAUUUCCAAGAAAAAGGGAGGAGAACGAGCAAGCAAGAAAUACAAGCGACCAGUAGACCGCCACUGCAUGUACCCAAGCGUCUGGAAACAGCUGCAGUUUGCCAAAAAGGUUGUGCGGCUUGCGACCAACUUGAGCGAAAAGCCAGUCUGCGUGACAGGUGUCGACGGUUUCUUGGCAUCGUGGAUCGUGUGCGAGCUGCUGAGCCGCGGCUACCGCGUGCGAGGUACUGUGCAAAAUGGCAAAGACGAUGUUUAUGGCUUGCUACAGCUACCGAACGCAAGCAAAAACUUCUCAGUCGUCGAAACGUCGCUUUUGACGCCUGAGGCUUGCGACAUGGCUGUUCAAGGGUGUGACUUUGUCAUCCACACGGGCACUCCAUCGUCCUGCUCGGUGCGCGACCCGCUAUCGGAGCAGCAGGAACCAGGAGUGCAUAGUGUUGGCAGCCGAAUGCACUGCAUCAUCCCCAUGAUGACAAACUUUAUCCAAGCUUGUGCACGAUCACGUAUCAAACGGGUCGUUCUGACGUCGUCCAUCGCUGCCAUGGCAGACUCGGUGACACCAGACUCCAUCAUCAAUGAUGCCUGUUGGAAUGUGACUUCAUCGUUGGAGAAGAAUCCACAUUUUCUCAGCUUGAAGCUGGCCGAGGAAGCAGCGUGGCAGCUUGUGGAUCAAUUGCCCAGCGACCGUCGCAUUGAUCUGGUGACGAUGAACCCUGGGACUUUGUUUGGCCCGAUGCUACUGAAGUCGAAGCUUGCGCCUGGCAACCAAGUCCUGUACGACUUGAUUACGGGCGAGUACUCGGCUUUGUUGGAUUUGAAUUGGAGCAUGGUCGACGUCCGGGACUGUGCUGUAGCACAUAUCGCAGCUCUAGAAACGAAUGAUGCUCGUGGGCGAUACAUCUGUGUGAACAGAAGUGUAUGGAUGAAAGACAUUGUGGACAUAUUGUCGAACAAUGGUUACAGUGGCCGUGAUUUGCCGUGGAAGGUGGGUCUGCCCAACUGGGUCGGACGACUACCAGCCUACUCGGUUCAGCUAGGGCAAGUCGGCGCUUCGCUGUACGCCUACGACCCCACCUCCGUGCGAUCGUCGCCGUAUUUGGGCGACAAGUUGGUAGAGCACCUGAACAUCCGUUUCCGCUCGGUUGACUCGACGAUCGUGGAGUCUGCGAACGAUCUGUUGAAGUGGGGCCUCAUCAAGCCUUGGGCUGAGGAUCACGAGGCAGUAGAGUGCGGUUGCUGUCACGUUGCGUUCACGUUUUACCGGCGUAAACAUCAUUGCCGGGAAUGCGGCGUGAUUAUAUGCAACGAUUGUUCCAGAUCUCGAGCAGUUGUGGAGGGAUCUGCAGGGCGCGCACGGUUGUGUGAUAAGUGUGUCGAGGGAUCGAUUCCCGGUCUUCUCGACUUGUUGAGGGACGAAGACGCGAACAAGAAGCGCACAGCGGUAAUUGCACUGGAAUCAUUGAUGGAGAACCCACUGAAUCAUGACUACGUAACACGUUUUGGCGGUAUCUUGCUAUUGAUGGACGCCAUCCACCAUCAUGACGAGUCGAUAUCGUCACAUGCUGCUGGCGCGCUAUGCGCCUUGUCUUGCAGCGUGGCUAGCACACUUCAGAUGGUGCUCGAGGGGGCAGUCUUGCAGAUGCUAGAGGUGGAUGAGAUGCUUAGUACAUGGGCCAUUUGCUUGGAAGCACUUCGCAACAUUUGGAAGCAGAUCAACCGCCAAGACUUUCGGCGGAUGCUUCAUGCUGUCGCCCGAGUGUCUGCUGACGCAAAUAUCGGAGAACUGCGUGGCAACAUCUUGCUUACGUUUGUGCACAUGAUGGGUUCCGAGGAGGUCGUAAGUCUUCUGUCCGAAGGCCUGAUCUCAGUGCUGUAUCACAUGCUGCAGUCGACCGCAGAGUUUCCCCGCUGCGCUGCAGCUCACGCGAUAAAGCAUUUGGUGCCUGCAGGUUAUGACCCGGAUGUGACGAUCGAUGUGCCACCGUAUCUUGUGGAUGAUCACGAAGAGCUGUUCUUGAAUUCGUCCCUGUCGGACCUGCAGUUUCUCGUGAAGGGUCACAUUGCUCCAAUCAACGCUCACAAAGUCGUACUGUUCUUUCGCAACUCGUAUUUCAAGAACGUGGUGAGAUUUGGAUCAGCGAGCAGCCAAACAGCAGUGAUCGAAGUCGACAAUUGCAGCUACGAAGUGUUUUCGAUCCUGCUGCGCUUUCUGUACACCGGCAAAGUCGACAUCACUCCGGGUGUGGCCGAAGAACUGCUGCGAGCGUCUUCGUUCUAUUGCGUGUACGAGUUGCAGAAGCGUACAGAAGCUUUUCUGAGCGGCCAGAUUUGUGUGGAGAACGUCGUGGAUUUGUUGACGCUGUCUGAAGAGUGCAACGCCGACGAUUUGAAAAAGAACUGCGUACCGUUCUUGAUGCGACACAUCCACGAGAUUGUGCGGCUGCCAGCGUUUGAAGAGCACCGCUUACGGUCGAGCGAGGAAGUACUGAAGGCACUGACGAACAUGCUCGGGCCCGAGUGGGAAGCAAGCUACUCGAAGUUUAAGCAGUCUAUUGGUAUCAAAGACAAGGGGGCGAGCAAAGCGGAGUCUGCUGAUACUGAGAAGGCGCACGAAGAGCAGAAGCCUCGACCGGUUGCACACCAGGUGAAUGACUUCCAGGAGUCGCCGCUGUCACCGCGUUUCCUGCUAUCACCCAUGCCGCCGCCCGGUGUGUCUCGAAAUAUGUCAGCAUUUGCCACGGAAUCCCCGCGGCUGAACACUGUCGGUGAAGACAAGUCCAUGGAGGGUUUCCACUUUAUGAAGACGUUUGGCAAUGAGGACGUGCUGUUUCGACGUUCUCGCAAUUUGUCGGAGGACAUCUCGGAGGGUCUAUCGGAAGGCGUGUGCUAG